AUGGGGUUGUUACAGUGCUGUACUACAUGUUUUACAAACAACCAGACCCAGAGCCCUGCAUACAUACAGACCAACCCCACAGCCUCACAGCCCAAGAACCCAACCCCACAACCCCACAGCCCCAGAACCCAACCCCACAGCCCCACAGCCCAACCCCACAACCCCACAGCUCCAGAACCCAACCCCCCAACCCCUCAGCCCCAGAACCCAGCCCACAGCCCCACAGCCCUAGAGCCCAACCCCACAGCCCCACAGCCCAACCCCCAACCCCACAGCUCCAAAACCCAACACCACAACCCCACAGCCCCAGAACCCAACCCCCCAACCCCUCAGCCCCAGAACCCAGCCCCACAGCCCCAGAGCCCAACCCCACAGCCCCACAGCCCAACCCCCCAAACCCUCAGCCCCAAAGCCCAACCCCACAGCCCCACAGCCCCAGAACCCAACCCCCAACCCCUCAGCCCCAGAGCCCAACCCCACAGCCCCAUAGCCCAAUCCCACAGCCCCAGAACCCAACCCUACAGCCCCAGAACCCAGCCCCACAGCCCCUCAGCCCCAGAACCCAACCCCACAGCCCCAGAGCCCAACCCCCCAACCCCACAGCCCCAGAACCCAACCCCACAGCCCCACAGCCCCAGAACCCAACCCCCCAACCCCACAGCCCCAGAACCCAACCCCCAAACCCCACAGCCCCAGAACCCAACCCCACAGCCCCAUAGCCCCAUAGCCCAGCCCCACAGCCACAGGACCCAGCCCCACAGCCCCAGACCCCAGAACCCAACCCCACAACCCCACAGCCCCAGAACCCAACCCCAUUUCCCCAGAACCCAACCCUACAACCCCAUAGCCCAACCCCACAACCCCACAGCCUCACAGCCCCAGAACCCAACCCCCCAACCCCACAGCCCCAGAACCCAACCCCACAGCCCCACAGCCCAACCCCACAACCCCACAGCUCCAGAACCCAACCCCCAACCCCUCAGCCCCAGAACCCAGCCCACAGCCCUAGAGCCCAACCCCACAGCCCCACAGCCCAACCCCCAACCACACAGCUCCAAAACCCAACGCCACAACCCCACAGCCCCAGAACCCAACCCCCCAACCCCUCAGCCCCAGAACCCAGCCCCACAGCCCCAGAGCCCAACCCCACAGCCCCACAGCCCAACCCCCAACCCCUCAGCCCCAAAGCCCAACCCCACAGCCCCACAGCCCCAGAACCCAACCCCCCAACCCCUCAGCCCCAGAGCCCAACCCCACAGCCCCAUAGCCCAAUCCCACCGCCCCAGAACCCAAGCCUACAGCCCCAGAACCCAGCCCCACAGCCCCUCAGCCCCAGAACCCAACCCCACAGCCCCAGAGCCCAACCCCCAACCCCACAGCCCCAGAACCCAACCCCACAGCCCCACAGCCCCAGAACCCAACCCCCAACCCCACAGACCCAGCCCCACAGCCCCAGAGUCCAACCCCAUAGCCCCAGAGCCCAACCCCACAGCCCCAGAACCCAAACCCACAGCCCCAGAACAUAACCUAGCAGCCCCAGAACCCAACCCCACAACCCAACCCCACAGCCCCAGAACCCAACCCCACAACCCCACAGCCCCAGAACCCAACCCCAUUUCCCCAGAACCCAACCCUACAACCCCACAGCCCCAGAACCCAGCCCCACAGCCCCUCAGCCCCAGAACCCAACCCCACAGCCCCAGAGCCCAACCCCCAACCCCACAGCCCCAGAACCCAACCCCACAGCCCCACAGCCCCAGAACCCAACCCCCCAACCCCACAGCCCCAGAACCCAACCCCCAAACCCCACAGCCCCAGAACCCAACCCCACAGCCCCAUAGCCCCAUAGCCCAGCCCCACAGCCACAGGACCCAGCCCCACAGCCCCAGACCCCAGAACCCAACCCCACAACCCCACAGCCCCAGAACCCAACCCCAUUUCCCCAGAACCCAACCCUACAACCCCAUAGCCCAACCCCACAACCCCACAGCCUCACAGCCCCAGAACCCAACCCCCCAACCCCACAGCCCCAGAACCCAACCCCACAGCCCCACAGCCCAACCCCACAACCCCACAGCUCCAGAACCCAACCCCCCAACCCCUCAGCCCCAGAACCCAGCCCACAGCCCUAGAGCCCAACCCCACAGCCCCACAGCCCAACCCCCAACCACACAGCUCCAAAACCCAACGCCACAACCCCACAGCCCCAGAACCCAACCCCCAACCCCUCAGCCCCAGAACCCAGCCCCACAGCCCCAGAGCCCAACCCCACAGCCCCACAGCCCAACCCCCAACCCCUCAGCCCCAAAGCCCAACCCCACAGCCCCACAGCCCCAGAACCCAACCCCCCAACCCCUCAGCCCCAGAGCCCAACCCCACAGCCCCAUAGCCCAAUCCCACCGCCCCAGAACCCAAGCCUACAGCCCCAGAACCCAGCCCCACAGCCCCUCAGCCCCAGAACCCAACCCCACAGCCCCAGAGCCCAACCCCCCAACCCCACAGCCCCAGAACCCAACCCCACAGCCCCACAGCCCCAGAACCCAACCCCCAACCCCACAGCCCCAGAACCCAACCCCCAAACCCCACAGCCCCAGAACCCAACCCCACAGCCCCAUAGCCACAUAG